AUGAGUCAGGCUGAUGAAGGAAGUGCCGCUGAUCCAGAGCUGGCAACUGAGAAUGAGUCACCUACCGAGGAGGGACCCAGUGGCUUGACAGCAGAGGAGGAGCAGGGACCCACUGACCUAACAGCAAGUCCUGCAUUUCAGUGUUUAGAUGAGCUACUUUCUGCUGGAAAAAUCACAGACACCAGGGUAGCUGAGCUGAAGGAACAGUACACCCUGCUGCAUGAGGCUGUGAUAAGUUUACAGGAAUCUGAGAGCCAUCUGUUGCAGGAAGCUGAACGCCUGACUGCAGAACUGGAACAACAAAGUGAACUGGAAAAAGCAGAACAGCUCUCUGAAGAAGCUCCCAGUGAAGGUUCCCAAAUAAGGCAACAAAUUUUCAGCUGCCGAAGUGAAUACAAUGCUACUAAAGGAAGAGUGCAUGAAAAUCGGUUGAAGAUAGAAUGUUUGAGAGAAGAAAAAAAGCUUCUGGAAGAUGAAUAUGAAAGAAUGUCAAAAGAAAAGAAAAAUGAUAAAGUUCAGCAGUUGAAAGAAAGUUGUGAUGAGCUCAGCGAAGAAGUAAUCCAGAGGAAAGCAGAAAUUGAUUCAAUGAAAGAAGCUGUUUCAUCCAAAGAAAAGAUGAUAUUGACAGAUGAGGAAGAAAUGAAAAAGCUUCAGGAGAUGCUUACUUAUUUAAAAGCUGAGCUAGUUAGGAUCCUUGGUGUUCCAAAGCAACUUGCAAAAGAAACUGAGAAGUUGAAACAGAAAAAAAUUGAUGCAGAGAAGCAGAAUGAAGCCCUUAAUGACCAAAUAGAAGAAUUGAAUAGCACCCUGAGAGCCACUGAAAAAAGGACUGAAGAGAUUUUGCAAGAAAAAAAAGAAGUAAUGAAGGAACUGGAUGAGAGACAAACUUUGAUACAAAAGAAUGAACGACAAUGCAAUAAUUUGACAAAAUCACUAGAAAUUAAUGCAGAGAAGGAAUUUGCCAUCCUAUCAGACAGACAAAUUCUGGAAAAUAAUUUGGAUAAAUGUAUCUCGGAGAACAAAAAUCAACAAGAUAUUCUCAGUCACCAUCAAACAAAGAAAGAUAAAGAACUGAAAAGUUUAAAAAAGUUAGAGUUACAACUGAAAAGCAUUUGGGAUUCCUUGGAAGCAGAUAAGGCAACACAUAAAAGACUCAAAUCAGAGGCAGAAAGUAACUCAAAGUACAAUGCAGCGUUAUUAGAAAGACGACAAGAACUGCAGGACGAGAUUGAAACGAUCAAGAGAGAUUUAGCUGAACAGGAAAUGAUAUCAGAAACAGAUGCCCGUGUGUUAGAGGAAUGCAUGGCUGCAGAACGCUCGCUGUUCAAAGAGCAGGAAAAAUGCAGAAAUGAGUUAGCCACACUUACACGUCUGACUCUGCUCAGAGCUGAUGAGAAGCAACUGAAAAGCAGGGAUGUUCAGAAAGCCAAGAUUCAACUCCAAAGUCUUGGUAAAGAACUAAAAAGACUGGAUAGUGAACUAACCAUCUGCAAGAAGAUGAAAAAAGAAAACGACAAAGAAAUCCAAGGAGUUGUUAAAAUGUGUGAACUUAUGCAAAUUGAAAAGGACAAAUCUAUAGAUUUGAUGCGUAUUGCUCAGUGGAAAGCAAAAGAAGGUGAACACCGGGUAAAAUUGCUAGAAAAUAAUAUAGAAAAUUUAAGACAUGCUGUUAUGACCAGAGAAAGAAAAUUGCAGGAGGACUAUAUGAAGAUUAAAAAGAAUGAGAGAAUGAAAGAGUUCAUCAAAAAUGAUUAUGUCAAAGUUGAACAAGAGAUGCUAGAGAAUAAAGAAAAGGAAAAGUAUUUGCAUGUUGACAGCCUUACUGCUGCAGCCACACACGUGGAAAAGGAAAUUUCACAGCUACACAAAAAUUAUGAAAGGGUUAUUGAGCAACGAAAUGAGAGUGGUCUUUUGCUCAGAGAACGAGAAGAAGAAGUGGGCGUUUUGUAUGAGAAAAUAAACAGGCAAGAGGUGUUGCGUAGGAACGGAGAAACUAAGAUGCAAGUUAUGGAUGAAAAAAUCAGUUUUCUGAAGCUGAAGUUAGUUGAGAAAAAAAGAGAGGUUAAAUUGUGUUUUAAAGAGCUCUCAGUGAAGAAUGCCCUGGAUGCACAACUGGUGAAAAUUCGGACACAGUAUUCCCAGUGCAGGGACAAGAUUAAAAAGCUGGAGGAAAACUAUGGUGAUGCCACAAACGAGAACAGAAAGCAAGAAAUGGGAGGGAAGGACCCAUCUCCACCUGAGCUGCUAAAAAGGAUUGACAAGAUAGAGGCAGAGCUGGUGCAGAAGGAGCAGAGGCUGCUGAAGAUCGAUUUCCUCUGUGAGAACAUUUCUGACCUGACGGACAGAAUGCGCACGGUGGUGGAGAGCGGCAGGCAGGACAUGCUGCUGUUCGCUAGGAGGAGCAACGAACUGCAAAGCGACAUAAAUCGCAAAACCCAGCAGAUAAGGGCUCUUUUUGCAGAGUUGUCCAUGAAGCAAGCAUUUGCCCUUAGACUCCAGCAGGAAAUCAGAGACAAGGAACAAUCUGUGAUGACUGCUUCAUGGAUGAUAAGCCAAGGCCUUUCCCCUCCCAAAGCAGAAAUGGACGAGUGGAAGAUCCUAGACAGCGAGAAGAUACAAAAAGCAGAAGCUGAAGCCAGAGCUGAAGAGCCUCCAGAGGAGGAGGAAGUUGCACUGCCCAGCUACUACCCCACUACCCUCGAGGAGGAGGAGCAGGAGGAGGAGCAGGAGCAGGAGGAGGAGCAGGAGCAGGAGCUGGAGCAGGAGGAGCAGCAGGAGGAGGAGGAGGAGGGACUCUCUUCAGAUCAAGUGAGCCCCGGCCAAGACAUUUGAAAAAGCCUCCUGCUGAGCCAUCUGAAAUCUGAACAGACAGCACCUGAAGCAGAAGAGACCAUUACCAGCUGCUGGAUCAUAAGAGUCAGCAGCAUUUUACACUGCACUAAACAAAGAUCUUUUGGUGUUCAGCCAAAUUCCAUGCUGAAAAUGAAGUAUUUGUUCAUGCCAAAAGCACAGCUCACUGGUCAGUGAUCCAGAAUCCUUUCUCCUGGUAUCCCAAAUGCAAUGCAGUAUUUACAGGUGUCAAGAAAAGUGAGUGAUCCUCAUGCUAUGCUUACGUUUUUUUCCAGGUAAAGUUUUAUUGCAUCAGAAGGUAUGUUAAAAUAUAUUCAUUAAAAAGAAAGGGCUAGGAAAUCUUCUCCUGUUAUUAAUAUAAUACAAAGUGGCCAUCACUUAUAGCCAUACACCAACAUGGCUUUCUGCAGUCUGGAACUGGAGUUUACACUUGCCAGAGAAAUUCUAAUUGCAUUAAGAAAAAUGUUCCUUCUCACUAUGCAGUCACUAGGAAAGCUAAAGCUUCACUGGUGGCAAUGACAAGGAACUAGAUUUUUUUAUUUCACUGGUCAGGAACAGGGAGCAUCAAUGGAAACCACUCAGAGAGAGGUCAGAGGUUGUUUUGAAAACCUCCCAAAUGUAUAAAAUAUUAAUGAGUUUGUCUAGUCUAAUAGUCUGGAAUUUCAUAAAGGUUUUUUUAAAAGCCAAAAAAGGCUGCAGAAAUCCUGCAUGGCACAACUUGGCAAUUUUCUCUGUGUAGCACAUUGCUAUUCCUAUUUGAAAUUAAUGUCACAGUUCAGAACUUAAAACAAAAGAGUAAACAAUAUUGGCUCAGUUACACAUACAAACAGAAGUUGAAAACAAAGGAAAAACAGCCUGCCUAACUUC